CGUCCGAGGGCAUCACAACUCUCACCCCGCCGACCGACUCAAAGACGAGAUGAGGACCUUCGUUGCUCUGCUCGCCGCGUGCUGCCUGGUGGCGCUGUCCGGCGCCGGCCGGGUGGUGCGGGAGGGGGAGAAGUACUCCACCCAGUACGACAACGUGGACCUGAAAGAGAUCCUCGAAAACGACCGGCUGUUCACCAGCUACCAGAAGUGCAUCAUGGACGACGGUCCUUGCACCAACGACGGCCAGCUGCUCAGAGACGCCAUCCCCGACGCGCUGAUCAACUGCUGCGCCAAGUGCAACGACAAGCAGAAGGACGGCGCCAGGACCGUGAUCAAGCACCUGCGCGAGAAGAAGCACGACGUGUGGGUCAAGGUCACGGGCAAGUACGACCCCGAUGGCAAGUACGAGAAGCAGUACGAGAAGGACAUGAAGGAGCCGGAAUGUUUGACCAGCACCCGAUAAGAGCCCUUCCCCCCUUUUCGGGACCGGCGCGACGUUCCUGAGACGUCGCCGCGACACCGCGACAGCAGCGUGACUGUUCCGUCAGCCGGUUCUGCUGGUGGAUUCAGCUGCAAAACAAAUAAUAUGAAUCAUUAUAAUAUAUAUAUAAUUUUUUUGUGAAAAUAAUUCCAAUGGCCUACUACAAAUAAAAUAAAAAGUUUCUAAAACACAAA